GCCAUUUUAUGACCUUUGACACUAACACGUGACAUAAACACGAGAAAAAUGGAGUCGGACGAUGCAGAGUGCGUUUCUGUUGAUAUUUUACAUCCAGAAAUUUUGAGCAAAGAGGACCUAACUGAACUACUUUCUCAGAGACAUAUCAAGCUAGACCACCCCCAUGCGACCAAGGAGGACCUCCUCGAGAUCUUCCACAGGACCAUCACGCCCCUCCCCCAGCGCCUGCCAAGAGCCAACAGGCGAGGGCGCACUAUAGCCCAGGUGCAUAAAAAGCUGCAAGCGAAGAGGCGACUGGAAGGCGACGAGGGGUCAAAAGUAACCCUGACAAUGGGUUUCUCAAAGAGCAAUAGAAACCAACAAUCGCAAGGGCUGAAGAAUGUACCAAGUACCUCGUCGAGUUCAGGCACAAGCCGUCUAAAGCCACCUCCCAUUGUGUCCAGUAAACAACGUACACUCAAACUCACAGCAGCAUCAUCAUCAUCAUCGUCCUCCAAUAAAACACAGCUAGUCACUUCUUCCAGUCCCGCGGCCCAAGCCACGAAAGACGACACCAGUCCUGCCGCAAACAGCAAAGUCAACUUUGAGCGAAAGAAGAUCGUGCUCAACAAAUCCCCUGUGCAAUCCAGAUCGGACGGUGAGCCGUCCGCAAAGGUUACGAGUCCAAACUCGGCCAUUCAACGGGACUUCACGGCCAAAAUCAAACUCGGGGCCAGUACUAGUGGCAGCUCAGCACUUUCGCCGGUUUCAGAUAAAAUGAGAAAGAUAACCCUGAAGUCACCAGGGUCAGGGGCUGGAUCCGAUACCCCAAGGAUAUCACUGAAGAGGACAGCACCAAUGGAUAUAAAUGGAAAGACUGCUGCAGGACCAUCAGACACCAAGACGAAAGUCUCCACACCAGAAGAAGAUCAGUCGCCCAAGAAGAAGAUCAAAAGGAUCGCAUGGCCAUGACGAAAACAAGUGACAGUAAUUAGUACAAAGGAAAAACUGCCAUUGCACUGUAAACUGAGGAAUCAGGCAUAGACAGGGAUUUGACAUCCAUGUUUAUCUUCUGCAUGUACUUACUAUAUUUAAUAUGAGACUGGCGUGAAAGAGUUAAAGUGGAGGGGUAGGGCUUGGGUAGUGUCUAUCAUCAUCCAUUUUGUUACAGCUUUUGUGUUCACCUUCACCAAAGAUAUACUUCUGUCGGCUGGUGCAUGGCAAUU